AUGGCUGUUACUGCACAGAGUAUUUUCGAUAAUUUAAAAGCAGCUCAUCCCGAAGAUAAUCUUGUGGUUUAUAAAUAUACAAGACCAGGUGGAGCAUCUAGCUAUUUCGGUACUCAACUAUUAAAUAUUGAUUUAAAUGACGACGAAGUGUUAACGGCAUACAAACUGUCAGAAUCUUCCGGACCGUGGAUGAAUGAAGCUGAAAUAAAAUCAAAAGCAUUUCCAUUUGUCUACGAUACAAGAAGCGUAACAGAUAAUGGCAGAAGGCGCACUAUUCUUAAAGUUAGCUUGAAAGUUGCAUUCCCAAAUCAUUACGUAAAUGUUUUUAUAUUCGGAAGCGGUUGGAGCCGAAACAAUAGAAGUAAAGGUGCUGCUGCUUUUAAGAAUGAAUAUGGGUCGGACGUUGAUAUUGUUUUAAGUUAA